AUGUGUGGGCAUAAAGAAGUUCUGCUCCUGGCGUUCAUUUGCCUCAGUUUGGGCAAACUUGUGGACUCAUCUCAGCAAGUUUUGUCAGACAUGUCCAACAACUUUGCAAAAGCUUUAGACGAAUGUAAGAGAGAGCAAAACCUGCCAGACUCCAUCAUCGGUGACUUCAUAAACUUCUGGAAGGAGGACUACGAGCUGUCGAACCGGCACACCGGCUGCGCCAUCAUGUGCCUCUCCAAGAAGCUGGAGAUCGUGGACCCUGACCUGCAGCUGCACCAUGGAAAUGCCAAGGACUUUGCCAUGAAGCAUGGAGCUGAUGAGCAGCUAGCUGUGGACCUGGUAACCGUGAUCCACGAGUGCGAGAAGACGCUGCAGCCAAACGAGGACCAGUGCGUGAAGGUGCUGGAGUGGGCCAAGUGCUUCAAGGUCGAGAUCCAUAAGAAGGGCAUGGCGCCCUCCAUGGACGUCGCCGUGGGGGAGGUGCUGGCCGAAGUCUAAGCAGCCACGAAGAUACCACGG